CUCAACGCCCGUCAAGGGAUAGUCGGCUAGGUGUGCGGAGUGCCCGGAAGGACCGACCCACCGGCCAGCUCGUGAACCUCUGCGUCGUUCGUGACCGCGAGUCUCGGGUGAAAAAGAGCGCGAAAAAGGGAGAAAGGAAAACGCGCGCGCGAGCGUACGCUCUACACAAAUCGCCUGCCCGCCCCGCGCUUCAACACACGCGGGACCUGAAAGAACGUGAUUUAUACCUACGAGUCUGCGUUUUGCCUGGUGUGCGCCGGAGCACGCGGUCAUCUCGUGUGAGGAACGUCAAUGGCUUUCCGUUUCUUGUCGCUGGUGUGCGUAAAGACUUGACGACUGCUGCCCUCCCAUCAGGAUGCGUGUCUCCAAAAGAAGCGGAUGGGAGGACUUUUACCGCGAGCUCGCGGUGUACCUGCUGACGCCGACGUUGACCUACUUCGCGCUGCGGCUGGUGCCGGCGCUAUGGACGCCGCUGGUGUACGCCUCCUGCGCCAUCGGAAUGCCCGUGGUGUGCGUCUUCACGCUCGGAUACUUCCUGUACAGUCUGCUGCCGGACUCCGGCGUGUCGGCUACGGGGAAGGCGGUGCUCAUCACGGGCUGCGACACCGGCUUCGGCCACCGGCUCGCCAUUCGCCUCGAUAGGCUGGGCUUUCAAGUGUUCGCGGGCUGCCUCUUUCCCCACGGUGAAGGUGCCAGGAGUCUCCAGCUGAAGGCAUCCAGCAAGCUUCACAUUGUGCCGCUGAACGUUACGAAGGACGAAGACUUCCGCCAAGCCGUGGAUUACGUACGUCAAAACCUCGACGGAAACGGUCUGUGGACGGUAGUGGCCAACGCCGGCGUGUUCGGCGCCAUGGAGCUUGAAUGGUGGAGCAUCAGCGAGAUGCAGCAGCACUUCGACAUCAACGUGUUUGGUUGCGUGCGCACCGUUCAGGCCUUCCUGCCGCUGCUGCGCCAGUCUAAGGGGCGGAUUGUGCUCACCGCGAGCUACGCUGGUAGAGCCACGGCCUCCUGGAACAACGUGUACAGCAUGACCAAGCAUGCGGUGAUUUCCUUGGGUGAUGGACUGCGGCGAGAGUUGAUGAAGUGGGGCAUCUCGGUCAUCCUCGUGGAGCCCACCUACUACAAAACUGCCAUACUCCCGAAGCCGGAGAACAUCGUCAAAAAGUACAAGGAGAGCGAUCUGCCCCGGGAGGUGAAAGACGCCUACGGCGACGACUACGUCUCCGAGAUGGCCGACAUCUCGGUCAACACGAUGUCGUUCUUCGCGCGCGACAACGUCGACGAAGUCGUGGACACCCUCGAGAAGGCGGUGUGCUCUCGACACCCGAGGCAGAUGUACCGCUGCGACGGCUUCGUCCGCUGGCUUCUCGUGGUCGUAUUCCUGUGCUUCCCCCUGGUGUUUCAGGACCUCCUCGACUACCUCUUCCUGCACCACCACGCGGUCGGCCCCGACGGCAAGUUGGUCAAGAAGCCCUCCUUGCUCGAGAGGGUCACGAACAGGGUGAAAUCCAUUUUGGCACCGGAGAAGCUCAAAAAGUGAGCGCUGUCGUUCUCUGCGAGAAAAAGUACGAACGGAGGUGCGCAGCGCGCAAGUUUUGCAGUGGUGAUUCCGUAGAAGUAAGGGGAGCACCAAGCCAAGUCGCAAUCUGCGAUUCUGCCAUCGUCGCGAUGCGUAUGACUCGUAGAAGGCUGUGUGGCUCCGGCUGGAACUUCACGACGUCGCUGGAACUACUGUGCGAGAGACCUAGAUGUAUACUCUACAUGCAUUGUGCAUGGCACGCGCUGUGCGAACUGCAGUUGAGUCACCUGCAAGAAGGUGCUUUGAACAAGACUUACGGCGAGUGUCCUGUGCCACAUGGAUGGCGGUGUACAAAGCAGGAUGUACGCGGAAAAACUCUGUCGUGGGUUGUUUCACUAGUGAAACCGCAACUACUGUGCUAAAGCACAACGACGAAAAAGAAAGAAAAAAAAGCGUUAAGACGCGACUGAACACGGGCUCAUGAAUUUGAGGCAAAAAGUCAUCCUACACUGAAAAGUUAUCAUAUGGAGUUUGGUAACUGCAUGCGUUCAUGUGGCUUCCUAACAUUCACACAAAAUUUAUUAGUAUUUCUCAUAUGAGUUCAUUUUUGUAAUAACGGCAAGGAGACAUAGAAUCAACGGGACGCGUACGAAACGGCUUAGUACAGCGCUGCUGCAGCAACAAAUUCCAAGCUGCACAAUGCCGGAUGGGAGCGUUGACGCAUUUGCGACAGUGAGUAAUAGUGCAGUACAAAGCAUUUAUUUAAUCUGAAAAGAAAACGAGCAUUGAUGCUGGUAAAGCUUCACUAGCCGGUGGUUAGGGUGGUUAGUACCGAAGUACUGCCGCACCAACCACCAGCCGUGCCUGCCUUAGCAGCUGAAGCUAGUCGGUGGGUCUGAGCUAGACAGAUCUGCAUCUCGCUGGUCAGACAGACGCUGAUUAAGGUUGAGAAAUUCUUUUGAAAAACUUCCUGACCUUGAAUCAUGAUCACCAUCGUUCCUGAUCAGACAUUUCGCCAGACUAUUGACUUCGUCAAUUGCUUGAUCACGUUUCGCGUAGUGCUUUUACUUGCCAUUUCUUGUUAAUUAGCUUUCGUCUUUGUGCUUCGGCGUUGCUUCUCAGUUUUCUGAAAAGUGCGUGCUUAUGCCUUUCUCCUAGGCGUGUUGAAACGUCGCAGCUGCUACUGUGCUCGGGACAAAAACAGGCAGGACUGAUCGACCACGGAUGUGCAGCUGUGCCAGUGGCCUAUACUAACCAUACAUUUUCAUAUGUCAAAUAUUGACACGCCAGUGUGUACAUUUCUCUAAUAACCACAAGUCGCUUCCAUUUGAUAUACGUGCAGUGUGACAGCGAAGGUGCACUUUGCAGCGGUGUGACGUCCCUGAGAGUCUCGCUUGCGAGACUCGCUUACAGUUCUGCAGAAACAGUAAUCGCCUGCACUAGUCGAAAUCCAUUAAAACUGAAUGCUUGCGACCAAAAUUGUGUUCUCGUUAUUCUCGUACAUCUGUGCACAUAUUCUUUUUAGAAUAAUAAAGACCACUGUUACGGUCUCA